AUGUCAGAAGGUUAUUAUGAAAACGGAUCGCAUUCACCAAACGGUAAUGGCAAUAGUAACGGAAAUGGGAAUGGUUCAUUAUCGUAUAACGGUGAUGGAAGAUCAUCAGCAGCUACUCAAAAUGGUGAUAUCUCAGCCAGAGCGACAAGUCCUUCAUCGUAUCCUGUGAAACAAGAACAUGGCUUGAACGGAUCUGCUAAUCCAAUUCAACAACAACAACUGGCAAGAAAGAAAUUGGCAAGUUGGGUUGGAUUCAGUAAUUUACCUAAUCAAGUUCACAGAAAGAGUGUAAGACGUGGAUUUCAGUUUGUUGCCAUGGUGGUUGGUGAAUCCGGUCUUGGUAAAUCAACGCUCAUAAACACAUUAUUCGAAACCAAAUUAUACCAACCUAAAAACAUUCCUACUCCAGGUGAAGAUAGGGGCAAAACGGUACAGAUUGAGAGUAUCUCUGCUGAAAUUGAGGAGAAUGGUGUCAGACUUAACUUGACUGUGGUUGACACACCUGGUUUUGGUGAUUUCGUUAAUAACGAUGAGAGUUGGAAACCUAUUGUGGAUAAUAUUGAAGCUAGAUUUGAUGCUUAUCUCGAACAAGAAAAUAGAGUAAACAGACUCAAGGUAGUAGAUAACCGAGUACAUGCUUGUAUUUACUUCAUACAGCCUACAGGACAUUCGCUUAAACCCAUCGAUAUCGAGUUCAUGCGACGACUUCAUACCAAAGUCAAUUUGAUUCCCGUUAUUGCCAAAGCAGAUACAAUGACCAAUGAUGAGAUUUCCUUGUUCAAACAAAGAAUUCUUGCCGAUAUCACUCAACACGGGAUUCGAAUUUUCCAACCGCCUCAAUACGAAAACGAAGAUGAAGAAACGAUUCAAGAGAACGAAGAAAUCAUCAGCAAAGUCCCUUUUGCAGUUGUAGGAUCCGAUUCACUCGUCUCAUCUCCUGAUGGAAGACAAGUCCGAGGUCGAGCGUAUCCAUGGGGAGUGAUCGAGGUUGAUAACGAAGACCACUGUGACUUCGUCAAGCUCCGUCAAAUGCUUGUUCGAACUCAUAUGGAGGAACUGAGAGAACACACUAAUGACGUAUUAUAUGAAAAUUAUCGAACGGAUAAACUCAAGGCUAUGGGCGUAUCCCAAGAUGAGACUGUUUUUAAGGAAACCAAUCCUGCUGCCAAACAAGCUGAAGAAAGAGCUCUUCACGAGGCCAAACUCGCGAAGAUGGAAGCGGAAAUGAAGAUGGUCUUCCAACAAAAAGUGCAAGAGAAAGAAGCCAAGUUGAAACAGUCUGAAGAAGAACUUUAUGCUAGACAUAGAGAGAUGAAGGAUGCUUUGGAGAAACAACGUCAAGAAUUAGAAGAUAAAAAGAGAAGAAUCGAGAGUGGAAGACCUUUAACACCUGAAAAAGGAUCGCAGAAAAAGCGAUUUGGCCUAGGUAAAUGA